UGACAUGGAGAAUAAAGAAACCCUCAGGGGGUUGCAGAAAAUGGAUGACCGCCCAGAAGAGCGCAUGAUCAGGGAGAAGCUCAAGGCAACGUGUAUGCCGGCCUGGAAGCACGAGUGGCUCGAGAGAAGAAGUAGGAGGGGCCCCGUGGUGGUGAAACCAAUCCCAGUGAAAGCUGAUGGGUCUGAAAUGAACAAAAUAGCACCGGAAUCUCAAACUGAAGGGCCUGCCAAUACUUCCUCCCCGACCCCGAAAGGAAGGCGCAGCCCUUCUCCCAGUGGCUCGCCUUCGGUUCCGUCCCGAACCGUUAAAUCGGAAUCUCCAGGAGUCAGAAGAAAAAGAGCCUCUCCCGUCCCUUUUCAGAGCGGGCGAAUCACACCUCCUCGAAGAGCUCCCUCUCCAGAUGGCUUCUCCCCAUAUAGCCCUGAGGAAACAAAUCGCAGGGUCAACAAAGUUAUGCGGGCUAGGUUGUACUUGUUGCAGCAGAUUGGACCCAACUCUUUUCUGAUUGGAGGAGACAGCCCUGACAAUAAAUACAGGGUGUUUAUCGGACCUCAGACUUGCAGCUGUGCCCGCGGAACAUUUUGUAUUCACCUACUGUUUGUCAUGCUCCGGGUGUUCCAACUCGAACCUUCAGAUCCAAUGCUGUGGAGAAAGAGCUUAAAGAACUUCGAGGUUGAGAGUUUGUUCCAGAAAUAUCACAGUAGGCGUAGCUCAAGGAUCAAAGCUCCAUCUCGUAACACCAUCCAGAAGUUUGUCUCACGCAUGUCAAAUUCUCAUACAUUGUCAUCAUCUAGUACUUCUACAUCUAGUUCAGAAAACAGUAUGAAGGAUGAAGAGGAACAGAUGUGUCCUAUCUGCCUGUUGGGCAUGCUCGAUGAAGAGAGCCUUACAGUAUGUGAAGAUGGCUGUAGGAACAAGUUACACCACCACUGCAUGUCAAUUUGGGCCGAAGAAUGUAGAAGAAAUAGAGAACCUCUGAUCUGCCCUCUUUGUCGGUCUAAGUGGAGAUCCCAUGAUUUUUAUAGCCACGAACUACCUAGCCCCGUGGAUUCUCCGUCUGUCCUCCGGACUGUUCAGCAGCAAACACUGCAACAGCAGCAGCAGCCCCUGGCUGCAUCACCAAGAAGGAGCCAAGAUAGUAAUUUUAACCUUACUCAUUACGGAGUUCAGCAGAUCCCUCCUGCUUACAAAGAUUUAGCUGAGCCAUGGAUUCAGGUAUUUGGGAUGGAGCUGGUUGGCUGCUUAUUUUCUCGAAACUGGAAUAUCCGCGAGAUGGCACUCAGACGUCUAUCCCACGAUGUCAGCGGGGCCCUGUUGUUGGCUAAUGGCGAAAGCACUGGAAAUUCUGGCAGCAGCACAAGUGCCGGAGGAGCUAGUGGGUCAUCUCAGUCCGGUAUCUCAGGAGACGUCGUUGUGGAAUCGUGCUGCAGUGUUCUGUCCAUGGUCUGUGCCGACCCCGUCUACAAAGUGUACGUUGCUGCUUUGAAAACUUUAAGAGCCAUGCUGGUAUAUACGCCUUGCCACAGUCUGGCAGAAAGGAUAAAACUACAGAGACUUCUCAAGCCAGUUGUAGAGACCAUAUUAGUGAAAUGUGCGGAUGCCAAUAGCCGCACAAGUCAACUUUCAGUUUCAACACUGCUGGAGUUGUGCAAAGGCCAAACUGGAGAGCUAGCAGUCGGUCGAGAAAUACUUAAAUCUGGGUCCAUUGGCAUCAGUGGUGUGGAUUAUGUCUUAAGUUGCAUUCUUGGAAGCCAAACUGAACCAAGCAACUGGCAAGCACUGUUGGGGCGCCUCUGUCUAAUAGACAGAAUGUUAUUGGAAUUUCCUGCUGAAUUUUACCCCCAUAUUGUCAGUGGAGAGGUUUUACAGGCUGACACUGUAGUAGACAGGUAUAAAAAGCUGCUGUCCCUCUUGAACUUUGCCUUGCAAUCCAUUGAUAAUUCCCACUCGAUGGUUGGCAAACUCUCCCGAAGGGUGUUUCUGAGUGCUGCAAGAAUGGUGGCCAGAGUGCCCCAGGUGUUCCUUAAAUUGUUAGAAAUGUUGAGUGGGACCAGCUCAACUCAUUACACGAGGAUGCGCCGCCGCCUGAUGGCUAUCGCCGAUGAAAUGGAAAUCGCCGAAGCCAUCCAGUUGGGUACGGACGACUCCUCGAGUUGUCGGCGGGACUGCUUCAUGUCACCCUGCACCCCUGAUCCCUCCCCAGAAACGCCGGAAAAUAAUUCCCCCGACUACCUGAUCCAGCUCGAAAAAACCGGGAAAGGAUUGUGCGACGUGAAACUCGGCGCCGGCCCCGAGGACGUUUCGGAGACGCUGGCUGGCCUUUCCGUGGGACUCCCGGGGUCGGUGGUGACCACGGAGCAACCAAAGCCUACACUUCAGACGAAAGGCAGGCCCCUCAGCCAGUGUUUGAACUCCUCGCCUUCUUCAUCAGGUCAUUCCCAUUUGUUAUUCCCAGGCCUGCCCUCCCCUUCAUCAUCUAGCCCGUCCAUCCCAGCCGGCCCCGUAACAGAUCUCUCGAAACACAGACCCCAGGGAUUCGUUCCCUGCAAAAUGCCCUCCGCCUCGCCUCAGACCCAACGGAAAUUUUCUCUCCAGAUCCAGAGGACCUGUUCUGAAAUGAAAGAACUUGAAAAACUUUCCCCGAUCUUUACCCAGGCGAGGCCCGUGCCUUCCGCUCACAUACACAGGCCAAAGCCAUCUCGACCUACCCCGGGUGAUGCGAGCAGACCGGGAGAGAUCUCAAAAAACAGCAUGACCCUCGAUUUGAACGACGCCUCGAAGGGUGGCCGGGCUGGCUGCGGCGCCGUCAUUCCAAGCGACGAGACGGUUUUCACACCGGUGGAUGACAAGUGCAGGCUGGAUGUCAAUUCGGAACUCAACUCCAGCAUCGAGGACCUGCUCGAGGCCUCCUUGCCCUCGAGCGACAGCACGGUCACUUUCAAGUCCGAAGUCGCGGUCCUGUCUCCUGAAAAAGCCGACAACGACAACACGUACAAGGAUGACAUGAGUCAUAAUCAGAAAUGCAAAGAAAAGAUGGAAGCUGAGGAGGAAGAAGCUCUAGCGAUCGCUAUGGCCAUGUCAGCAUCUCAGGAUGCCUUACCGGUAGUUCCCCAGCUCCAAGUUGAGAAUGGAGAAGAUAUCAUCAUCAUUCAGCAGGAUACCCCAGAGACCCUGCCAGGACACACCAAAGCAAAACAGCAUUAUAGAGAAGAUGCAGAAUGGCUUAAAGGUCAGCAGAUAGGACUUGGAGCAUUUUCUUCUUGUUAUCAAGCUCAAGACGUGGGAACGGGAACUUUGAUGGCUGUUAAGCAGGUGACUUAUGUGAGGAACACAUCGGCAGAGCAAGAAGAAGUGGUUGAAGCCCUGAGAGAAGAGAUACGGAUGAUGAGUCACCUGAAUCAUCCUAACAUUAUUAGAAUGUUGGGUGCUACUUGUGAAAAGAGCAAUUACAAUCUCUUCAUAGAGUGGAUGGCAGGAGGAUCAGUGGCUCAUUUGCUGAGUAAAUAUGGAGCCUUCAAGGAAUCAGUAGUUAUUAACUACACGGAACAACUGCUUCGUGGUCUCUCCUACCUCCACGAGAACCAGAUCAUUCAUAGAGAUGUCAAAGGUGCCAAUUUGCUGAUUGACAGCACGGGUCAGAGAUUGAGAAUUGCAGAUUUUGGAGCUGCAGCCAGGUUGGCUUCCAAAGGAACUGGGGCGGGAGAGUUUCAGGGGCAGUUGCUGGGCACCAUCGCAUUUAUGGCCCCGGAGGUGCUAAGAGGCCAGCAGUAUGGAAGGAGCUGUGACGUGUGGAGUGUUGGCUGUGCUAUUAUAGAAAUGGCUUGUGCCAAACCACCGUGGAAUGCAGAGAAACACUCCAAUCAUCUGGCUCUGAUCUUUAAGAUCGCUAGUGCAACUACUGCUCCGUCGAUCCCGUCACAUCUGUCUCCCGGCUUACGGGACGUGACUCUUCGGUGUUUAGAACUUCAACCUCAGGACAGACCUCCAUCGAGAGAGCUACUGAAGCAUCCAGUCUUCCGGACUACUUGGUAGCCAGCUGAAAAGGGCGGCGAACAAAGAAUCGAUGCUACUAAACGCCUAAAGGAAAAAACAAAAUCAACUCUUGCCUGCCGUGCUAGCGAGCACGGCAGCCGGGCUCGUUCUGCUGGCCGAUAAGACUGGCGGAGGACUCUUACCUAAGUAUGUGAUUGACAAAUCGAGAUCUUUAAGCUCAGUAUGCAAAAUUCCAGGACUUGUGCAGGAACUGUAAACCGUGCCUUUCAAAGAUCUGGCCCCUGGGGAACGAGAAAAAGCAACUUAAGUCUGCACGACUCAAUAGCAGUUACGUAUUUUGAUUUUGUUUUGGAGCACUUUUUCAGCAAUAUUAGCAGCUGAGGGGCUCAGGAUCUAUUUCAAUAUUGUCAUCAUUCUUCCUCUUUCAUAUCAAGCGAUCAUAAAAAGGGGUUGCUGCGAUUUCAUUCAGAUUUAUUUGUCACUGGCUGAAAAGAAAAUCCAUAUCUGCCUCUUUUUAGAACAGUGCGUGCUCUGAGAAGUAAAAAAUUGCAUGUAUUUUUUUUUUCAAUCGAUGAGAGAUCUGGGUUACCUGCCUCAGCCUCGUUUUGAAAGCGACUGGGCAAUAAUGGUUUCGUUGUGCAUUUUACUGUUGGCCCAUUCAUUUCGUGUUUUGGGGUUUUCCUUUCUUUGUUUAUAAGGUUAAUAGUUCUGUAUUUUCAUUUGACCAUCAUUUUUAUUUAACAUUCAGGGAUAGAUGGUCUUUUCACACCAGAAAAAAAAAAAUCUAGGCGACAACCAGACCUCUGACUAGAAUUCACAGAAUGUCUUGCUGUGGCCAGGGAGUUUAAAUGCAGGUGAUAUGAAAUUUGGAAUGCAAUAAGACUACUUUUAUUGAGGCAGGUAUGCGGGGUCUGCUACUGCAGGUUAUUUAAGGAAAAACAGAAUAUUAAGUUGGCUCUGUGUUGCACAGCUUGCAACCAAAAUCGAGGGUUACUUUUUAAACUGUAUGAGCCUUUUUUGAAAAGAAAAAAAGUGUUUGUUUCUUUUGGCAAACUAUAGGCAAAGUUUUACCCCCAAAAAACCUUCUCUGGGAAAUAAAACUUUCCCCACAUUCACUGCCGAUCUGAUGUUUUAACUGCUGUUUUCCUUCCACCGGUCACCCUUUUUUUUUUUUGUGGGGCAGAGAUCCAGCCGGUGGAUCCUUUACUUGACGUGCUGAAAUUUUACCUUUUUAUUUAGAAAGGUAAAAAAUUUUUACUUGGACCUGAAAAAUGUGUUCAAAUAAGAGUGGAGUGGAAUCUCACUCACUUUUACUUAAGUUCUGCACAGUUUUCGAAGGGUUUUCGAGCAGAGGAGGGGCCGACGUGAGCCUCGCCCUGGCACAUGGGGGUCCCUCCGGGGAGGGCAACGUCGCUGCCCACCCCAACGCUUUGGCUUCCCACGCACGUGAUCCCGAAGGAAAAUGGCAGCUGUUCUUUCGCUCUUGGUGAGUCUCUCCAACCAAGUACUGAUUAAGCGUCUAAUACCAUUUGAUGAAAUGUUCAAAAAAGUUUAACUCUUCAGAAAUCAGGGGAACUGUGGCAGAGUGAAACGGAAUUGGUUAUUCAGUCAAAGACUCAGGACAAAACUAGAUAAGCUAUAGCGUACUUGCGAAAUGUAGAGCACCAAUUGGAACAAAAAACAAGUUACAAGAGAAGUUUACAGAAGCGUAUUGCUUAUAAUAAUACAAAAACCAGUUUUGUUGGUGAAUGUUGUAUUUCUCCAUGAAAUUUUACAUUCCUUUGAGAAGAUUGGCAGUCUUUGAAGAGUUAAAAAAAAAAAAAAGUAUCGAAAUGUGAAGUUUGGUAGCUCUAACUGUAUUGUACUUGAUUUCCUUAUUUUCCCUUUUUUUUCCUUCUUUUUCCCUUUUUUGACUACUUAGAAUUUUCACAAUUCUAAUAAGAUGGUUUCCAACUCUCUCAUGUGCAAGCUUUAAAGGAUGCACUCUUGCCAUUUUAUGUACUGGAAGAUCAGUUGUCAGAUUAAUACUGUUUCUGACAGAUUUAAACUGUAUAAACUGAUGAACCUCAGCUAAUCAGUAUUACUUUGUAGAUGACCAUGCCUACCACAUUUCGAACUCAGACAGCCUCUAGAUGUUAAAAUGCAUUGUUUGAGUUUGUUUGGAUUUCCCUCAGCUUGCUGGUAAUUGUGGUGUAAUUUUUUUUGUUUUGGUUUUUUUUUAUGCAGAUGUGAUGUAAUCUUAUUUUCUGUGGAUCAAAGCUGGACUGAAAAUUGUAUUGUGUAAUUAUUUUUUGUUCUUAAUGUUAUUUGGUACUUAAGUUGUAAAUAAUGUCUACUGCUGUUUAUUCCAAGUUUCUACUACCUCAGGUGUCCUAUAGAUUUUCUUCUACCAAAGUUCACUUCCACAAUGACAUUCUUUGCUAUGUGAUUAUGAUUCCUUUUAAGGCUUCCAGGGCUCAAGGGCUAACUUCUAGUAGCACCUUACUGUGCAAGCAAAUGUUACAAAAAAAAAAAUCUCUGGGUUAAGAAAAUCUGGCUUAAAUGUAUCCUUUGUUACUUUGAAUAUAUCCAGAUAUUUUAAUUAAAAGUUUUUACCCCGUUGAACCAAUUUUAUAGUAUUUGUACCUAUUUUGGUGUUUUGUCUUUAUAGUAAAUAAAGUUUUUGAACAAAA